AUACGUGCUGCGUCACUGAGUCACGUGUGUUUUUUUAAAUAUCCGGCGGGCCAAGCUGGUGUAAUGAGAUAAGCAACUUCACAGAUAACUGAGCUAAACAUUAACCACCAGACCAGUAUAAUAACGUGUCGAAAGACGUUUUCACUAUACAGAGAAACAUGGCGACGACAAGCUCCGUGUGGCCCAAAGGACAGAUGUUGUACAGGUGUUCUGUGAACCUGCAACAAGCGACCAGGAGGUUUUCAGAGAGCGGUGACAAAGGCUGGUUCCGUUCCUUAUUUGUGCACAAAGACGAUGCCAGGAAAGAUGCCCACUCCAACCUGCUGUCAAAGAAAGAGACCAGCAACCUGUAUAAAAUUCAAUUUCACAACGUCAAACCGGAGUGCCUGGAAGCAUACAACAGUCUGGAGGCAGAGGUGCAAAACAAGCUUCAUCGUGACCAGGACUACCCAUGUGAGGUUGUAGGAAGCUGGAAUACCUGGUAUGGAGAACAGGAUCAAGCAGUGCAUCUAUGGCGAUACAGAGGAGGCUACCCAGCCUUGACUGAAUGCCUGCAAAAGUUGAACAAUAACAAGGAAUAUUUAGAGUUUCGAAAAGAGAGAGCAAAGAUGUUGAUUUCAAGGCGGAAUCAACUUCUCCUAGAGUUCAGUUUCUGGAAUGAACCUCUGCCCAGACAAGGGCCAAACAUCUAUGAAAUGCGCAGCUAUUACCUCAAGCCAGGAACCAUGAUCGAAUGGGGCAAUCACUGGGCGAGGGCAAUCGAAUACAGACAGGAAAACAACGAGGCAGUGGGCGGGUUCUUCUCACAGAUUGGUGACCUGUAUGUGGUUCAUCACUUGUGGGCUUACGAAAACCUCAAGUCCCGGGAUCAAACGAGGAAUUCUGCGUGGCUGAAGGACGGAUGGGCUGUAAAUGUGCAUCAUACAGUGCCUUUGAUCAGAAGCAUGGAGUCUAGGAUAAUGAUUCCCACCAAGAGUUCACUAUUACAAUGAGAAGAUGACUGAAACUGUGAACAUCUGAAUGACCAGAACUCAUUCACCUACUGCCAAGAAAAGCAUGGAAUGAAGAUUGGUCUUACUGAUUGUAGAUUUUUGUAUCUGCUGGAUGAUCUUGUACCACCAAGUAUGUAAACAAAAACAUUCAGAUUCUAUAUUUGCACAGCAGCCAGUCAGUCAAAGGUCAAAUAUGUGGGAAGAAAAGACUAAGUAAGACAAUGAAAAGCAAAAUGAUAUGUAGUAUUACACUAUAGAGUGAAAUUUACAUUAUGAUUUUGAAGAGCUGAGUGCGGAAUGUUUCAUGCUUUUUGUUUUUUAUCAUGAAUUACGGUAAGAGACUGUUUAUUUGUUUUUUCACAAUGAAGAGAUAGUCUCCACCCAGCUUUUUUAUGAUUGUACUUUUAUGCCUGGAUAUGAAUCACACUGAAGGUGAUCACACUGAGCUUCACAUCUGUGAAUGUGAAACAACUGUUUAAUGAAAUAAAGCUUGUCAGGCUACCCCA